GAGCCGCCGAACCAUAGAGAUCGGAAAUAGGAGCGAGCGGCAGCGCCGGAAAGGAGGCCAAGAGCGCGGGCGGCGAGGCAAGAUGGCGGCAACCAAGAGGAAACGGCGUGGAGGCUUUGCAGUUCAGGCGAAGAAGCCAAAAAGAAACGAAAAAGAUGCGGAGCCGCCAGCUAAGCGGCACGCCACAGCAGAGGAGGUGGAGGAAGAAGAGGGGGACCGGAUCCCAGGCCCCGUUUGCAAGGGAAAGUGGAAAAAUAAGGAACGGAUUCUCAUCUUUUCUUCCAGAGGAAUAAAUUUUAGGACAAGACAUUUAAUGCAGGACUUGAGAAUGUUGAUGCCUCAUUCUAAAGCAGAUACUAAAAUGGAUCGUAAGGAUAAGCUAUUUGUGAUUAACGAGGUUUGUGAAAUGAAGAACUGUAAUAAAUGCAUCUAUUUUGAAGCUAAGAAAAAACAGGAUCUCUAUAUGUGGCUUUCAAAUUCACCUCACGGACCAUCUGCUAAAUUCCUUGUUCAAAAUAUUCAUACCCUCGCUGAACUAAAGAUGACUGGAAACUGUUUGAAAGGUUCUCGGCCCCUUUUGUCUUUUGACCCUGCUUUUGAUGAAUUACCACAUUAUGCUUUGUUAAAAGAACUCUUAAUUCAGAUCUUUAGUACACCACGGUAUCAUCCCAAAAGCCAACCAUUUGUGGACCACGUGUUUACUUUCACCAUUUUGGAUAAUAGGAUAUGGUUUCGGAACUUUCAGAUCAUAGAAGAAGAUGCUGCUCUUGUAGAAAUAGGACCUCGUUUUGUCUUAAAUCUCAUAAAGAUUUUCCAGGGAAGUUUUGGAGGACCAACUUUAUAUGAAAAUCCUCACUACCAGUCACCAAACAUGCAUCGGCGUGUCAUAAGAUCCAUCACAGCUGCAAAAUACAGAGAGAAACAGCAAGUGAAAGAUGUGCAAAAACUGAGAAAGAAAGAGCCGAAGACUCUUCUUCCACAUGAUCCCACUGCAGAUGUUUUUGUAACACCAGCUGAGGAGAAACCAAUAGAAAUACAGUGGGUAAAACCAGAGCCAAAAGUUGAUUUGAAAGCAAGAAAGAAACGGAUUUACAAAAGGCAAAGAAAAAUGAAACAGAGGAUGGACAGUGGGAAAACAAAAUAAGUCAAUGGAAACCUGAUUUGUUUUUCAGUUACUUUGUAUUUAUUUUGUAUUCAAUGUGUAAAUACUUUUAUUAUCUAAUACUAUCUUACGUCUAAUUAGUGUAGCAUUUACAAGAAAGAAAAAUUAAGAUCUUAAAAUCAGUGAUUAUCUUUUUCUAAAUAAAAUGUCACCAGAAUUCA